CGAAAGCCACGAAGAAGACCGUGCUCGCAGGGCGUGGUGGGAUAGCACGGUCCUCCGGCGGAGGACUCAAAGCACAAGCCAAGCUCCCCGGCUUGGCUUGGCUGACUGGGGCUAGCUAUCGGCGGUAGAAGAUGCCUAGGCCAGCGUCCCCGACCAACAACACGGCGACGUCCGACCUUUAGUCGUCGUCGUCGGCUUGAGUGUCACCGUCGCCGGCUUCGGUGCUUCACGUCGUCGGUCCACUCGAGCAAGCCAUGGGCUCGCAGACCCUCCAGAUCCUCAGGCAGGGGGUCUGGGCUUCAAUCACUGGCGGAUGGUACUACGACCCCGACCAGAAUACGUUCGUCAACGCGCUCCAUCUCUACAUCUGGCUCUUCCUACUAUGCUUUCCCUUCACGCUAUACAUGGCAUUGCCAUCCACCAUGGUCAUAGUGGGAAUCUACUGUGGCGUUAUCGCCGCUAUGUUCCUCCUGCUCAAGACUGUCAACUACCGGCUGCACCAUGCGCUGGACGAGGGCGAAGUGGUGGAGCUGCAAGCCAAAAAGACACAGGGCAGGCGAAGUGGUGCCGAGGGAACGCGGGAUGGGGGCGCCACCCGACGCCAGGACAGCAACGGCCCGGGAGACCCUGGAGGUGGGAUCGAGAUGGCCGACUUUAUCAGGCAAGAGACGCCGCCGGUGGACUGCAGCUCGCGGAACUCUUACAUCGGAAUGGAGCAGCAGACGGCGUCCACCCUCGGGAGAACGACGGGAGCCAAAGAUGUGGGAAAAACGUCAGAUGACAUCAGCCUGACUCUCAUGGAGUGCUGUGAUCACGAUCACGGUCACGAUCUCCUCUCGGACACAAAGAUGUACUGCCUGGUUCCCAAUGACUCCUUCGCUUCCCUGCAGCCUUCAACCUCCUUGUGUCCGUCUGAGCUGUCCCGAGAACCCGCGGAGCUCUGCGGUUCCGUCGCGUACCACUGUAGCCUUUCGCACGAGGAGACCGCCCCCCACGCGUCUUCGCAGUCUCAGACCUUUAGGAAGGAGCCCCGUUCGCGGGGCUUGCCUCGGACAUCAAGCUCGGCCGGGUCGGCCUUCCCCGACCCGGGCCUGCCAGACUUUGCGCUCUAUCCUCCACCUAGGAGGGGUGGCCUGGAUCCCGUGUGCGAGCUGGACCAAGCGGUGGCCUCUACCUCGGGGAUGGAAUAUUACAGGCACAAAGACCCACGCAAGGUAUCCCGCUCAAUCUCCAGGGAAGCCGGAGAGGGCAGCUCAGGUUUGUACCAGGUUGACGUGGGCAGCGGCGGGAAGGCCCCCAACGCCGGGGGCAAAUCACGGCGCGGUGAGCGCAGCGCCGAGAGCCUGCGCAGUCUGAGCACUCGCAGCAGCGGCUCCACAGAGAGCUACUGCAGCGGUACCGACCGCGACACCAACAGCACUGUCAGCAGCUUCCACAGCGAGCAGACCGGAUCCACGCACGUGGAAAGCAUGCUGUCGCUCUCAGGGGAUGAGCGAACGCGGGACCGGGUAGACGCCGACGGCAGGACGUGUUCUCGGGGCGUCGGCGGUCUUCCCUCCAGGGAGGCCAACAAGAACCCGCAUGCAAAUGAGCUGACCGCUAAGCAACCGGGGACCACAGUGUCCCCGGCGCCUCCCGAGGGCGGCAGGACUCCGGCAGAGCCGGUCGGCAACACCACGGUCGCCACGGACCACAUUCAGUCAACUGGUCUCGUUCAGAGGACUUGUUCUCUGUCCGCCGGCCGCAGCGGCCGGAGACGCACAGGCAAGAAACGGGCAAGCAGUUUUGACGCAAGUCGCCACCGGGACUACAUGUCCAAACGCGGAAUGGCCAAGCCUUGCAGCGCCGUAUUUACCGGGGGUGGCGGGGAGGAGGACUCCAGCGAUCACAGCGAGCUCAGCUGCACGUCCAGCCUCCCUUCUGCCCGCCACUUGAGCACAGACAGCUCGUCUAGCGCCUGCCACUCACCCGAGGGGCGCUACCGGGCCCUCAAACCCAAGCACGUUGCGGCAGACCCGGCCUCCUCUGAGGCAGGAACGCGGGCAGGUGGGAGGCGGCGUGCCUCCCGCCGUACUCCCAGCACGGGCAGCGCCAAAACGCACGCCCGGGUAUUGAGCUUGGACAGCGGCACCGCGGCCUGCCUUAACGACCCCGCUCGUCUCGGAGCUCCUGCCGGUCCCCGGCCCCUCACCACCUCUAAGUCUGACCUAGAAGCCAAAGAAGGGGAGGUCCUGGAUGCCGCUUCUCUGCUGGGUCGUGCCUCCCAGCUGGAGUCUGUGACACGAUCGAGGAACAGUCUGCCCAGCCAGGCCGUGUUCACGGAGACUCAGGAUGCCGCCGCUGCUUGCCUGCGGGCCCCGUGCAGUGAGGAGACAGUGGUAUUCCGGCGUGAGCGUAGCACUUUUCGCCGGCAGGCUGUGCGGCGGCGGCACAACGCAGGCAGUAACCCCACGCCGCCGUCCUCCCUCAUCGGUUCUCCCCUCAGUCUCCAGGAAGCCCUCAGCCAGGCCUCUCAGCCUUCAGCUUGCCAGGCCAAAUCCACUCAGCCGUCUCGCACUGGCUCCCAGGUGACAGUGCUAAGCGCCAGCGCCUCUCUGCUGGCUAGGAACGGAAGCGCGCACAUGGAGUGCUCUCAGGACAAGGCCUCCACGGUCGGUGUCAGCAGUUUGCAGGACGACCUAGGAAAACUCACGCCCUCCUUGUAUGAGGCUGCCGGUUGCGACAUGUCCCUGGUCAACUUUGAGCCCGCCACCAGACGAGCAUCCAAUAACAUUUGGGACACUGACUCCCACCUUUCCAGUUCUACCUCAGUUCGCUUCUACCCUCAUGACCUGCUCUCCCUCCCACAGAUCCGCCUGAACCGCUUGCUCACCAUGGACCCGGAGCUGUUGGAGCAGCAGGACGCUGACCUGAGCCCAGACCUCCAUGCCGUGUCACUUGGGCCUGACGACCCGGCGGGGGCCGCCGCUGCCGGCAAAGCCAAGCAGUAUUACCGCCUGUGGCUCAUGCCUUACCUGUGGGUAGGCCUGCACUUUGACCGCCUGACUUUGCUGGCACUGUUUGACCGCAACCGUGAGGUGCUGGAGAACGUGCUUGCCGUGGUGCUGGCCGUCCUUGUGGCCUUCCUGGGCUCGGUGCUUCUGGUGCACGGCUUUUUCACCGACAUCUGGGUUUUUCAGUUCUGCCUCGUUAUUGCCAGCUGCCAGUAUUCCUUGCUCAAGAGUGUUCAACCAGACUCAUCCUCCCCGCGUCAUGGUCACAAUCGAAUCAUCGCCUACAGCCGGCCCGUCUACUUCUGCUUGUGCUGCGGCCUCAUCUGGUUGCUGCACUACACCAGCCUGAGGACCAGCUCCUCCCGCUUCACGCUGUACGGCGUCGCACUCACCAGCUCCCUCAUCCUCUCCUCCGCCAGAGACCUCGUCAUAGUGUUCACGCUGUGUUUCCCCAUCAUCUUUUUUGUUGGUCUGCUGCCACAAGUGAACACCUUUGUCAUGUACCUCUUUGAGCAGCUGGACAUCCACGUUUUUGGGGGCAACGCCUCCACCAGCCUGGUGUCGUCACUCUACAGCGUCUUCCGCAGCAUAUUCACUGUCGCUCUGCUGUACGGAUUCUGCUACGGCGCUCUGAAGGAAACCUGGGAGCCUCAUCACAUCCCUGUGCUCUUCUCUGUUUUUUGCGGGCUGCUGGUGGCAGUGUCUUACCACCUGAGCCGACAAAGCAGUGACCCGUCUGUACUCUUCUCGCUGAUACAGUCCAAGAUUUUACCCAACCUGAGGGACAGCAACCCAGAGGACCCUCUGUCAGAAGUGCAGGACCCCCUGCCCGAGAAGCUAAAGGCCUCAGUGAACGAACGUUUGCAGUCUGACUUGAUCGUCUGCGUGGUUAUCGCUGUGCUCUACUUUGCCAUCCAUGUCAGCACAGUUUUCAUCGCCUUGCAGCCGUUCCUGAGCUACGUGUUGUAUGCUCUGCUGGGCACUGUUGGGCUGCUCACUCACUACCUGCUACCCCAAGUGCGCAAACAGCUGCCCUGGUAUUGCUUCUCACAUCCACUGCUAAAGACCAAAGAGUAUUACCAGUUUGAAGUCAGGGAUGCGGCUCACGUGAUGUGGUUUGAGAAGCUCCAUGUGUGGCUGCUCUUCUUGGAAAGGAACAUCCUCUACCCGCUCGUUAUCCUCAAUGAGUUGAGCGGCAGCGCAAGGGAGCUCGCCAGUCCCAAACGACUGGACACUGAAGUGGGUGCACUGAUGAUCACUGUAGCUGGCCUGAAGCUGCUACGCUCAUGCUACAGCAGCCCCACCUACCAGUACAUCACCGUGCUCUUCACCGUGCUCUUCUUCACCUUCGACUACCGACACAUGUCGGAGACACUGCUGCUAGACCUUUUCCUCAUGUCCAUUGUCUUCAGCAAGUUGUGGGAGCUGUUCUACAAGCUCCACUUUGUCUACACCUACAUCGCGCCCUGGCAGAUCACGUGGGGCUCAGCCUUCCACGCCUUCGCGCAGCCCUUCGCUGUGCCUCACUCGGCAAUGCUCUUCGUCCAGGCCCUGGUAUCGGCUAUCUUCUCCACCCCUCUCAACCCCUUUCUGGGCAGCGCCAUCUUCAUCACGUCAUAUGUCCGGCCUGUCAAGUUUUGGGAGCGCGACUACAACACCAAAAGAGUGGAUCACUCCAACACUCGUCUGGCCUCGCAGCUGGACAGGAAUCCAGGCUCGGACGACAACAACCUCAACUCAAUCUUCUACGAGCAUCUCACACGCUCCCUGCAGCACAGCCUGUGUGGCGACCUGCUGCUGGGCCGCUGGGGCAACUUCAGCACGGGCGACUGCUUCAUCCUGGCCUCGGACUACCUCAAUGCCCUGGUUCACCUGGUGGAGAUCGGCAACGGCCUGGUGACCUUCCAACUCCGAGGGUUGGAGUUCCGCGGCACCUACUGCCAGCAGAGGGAGGUGGAGGCCAUAACUGAGGGGGUGGAGGAGGACGAGGGCUGCUGCUGCUGCGAGCCGGGCCACCUCCCGCACGUCCUGUCCUUCAACGCCGCCUUUGGGCAACGCUGGCUGGCCUGGGAAGUGCUGGUCACAAAGUAUGUGCUGGAGGGCUACAGCAUCACCGACAACAGUGCCGCGUCCAUGCUGCAGGUUUUCGACUUGCGACGCAUUCUCACCACCUAUUACGUCAAGGGUAUUAUCUACUAUGUGGUGGCUUCGCCUAAGCUGGAAGAGUGGCUGUCCAACGAGACCAUGAAGGAGGGUCUGAGAGCGUGUGGUGAGAAGAAUUACGUGGACCUGGAUCCUACCUUCAACCCCAACAUCGACGAGGACUACGACCACCGACUGGCCGGCGUCUCCAGAGACAGUUUCUGCAGCGUUUACCUGGGCUGGAUCCAGUACUGCAACUCGCGCAGAGAAAAGCCUUUGGACACCGAGAGAGACUCUCCUCUGGUGCUGCUUUGCUUCGGCCUGUGCGUGCUGGGAAGGAGGGCACUCGGAACGGCGGCUCAUCACAUGUCCAGCAACCUGGAGUCUUUCCUAUACGGGCUUCACGCUUUGUUUAAAGGAGAUUUCCGCAUUUCUUCGGCACGGGACGAGUGGAUCUUUGCCGACAUGGAGCUCCUCAGGAAGGUGGUGGUGCCCGGCAUCCGAAUGUCCCUCAAACUUCACCAGGACCACUUUACUUCUCCGGACGAGUACGACGAGCCGGCUGUGCUCUUCGAGGCCAUCACGGCCCACAGGCAGAACCUGGUUAUCGCCCACGAGGGCGAUCCGGCGUGGCGCAGUGCCGUGCUGUCCAACGCACAAUCGCUGCUCGCGCUGCGCCACGUGCUUGAUGAGGGCACCAACGAGUACAAGAUUAUCAUGCUCAACCGCCGAUACCUCAGCUUCAGAGUCAUCAAGGUGAACAAGGAAUGCGUGCGGGGCCUGUGGGCGGGCCAGCAGCAGGAGCUGGUGUUUCUGCGGAACCGUAACCCGGAGCGUGGCAGCAUUCAAAAUGCCAAACAGGCGCUGCGCAACAUGAUCAACUCAUCGUGCGACCAGCCCAUUGGCUAUCCCAUCUACGUGUCGCCACUCACCACCUCCUACUGCAAUUCACACCCUCAGUUGGGCCACAUCCUGGGUGGGCCCAUCAGCAUCGCCAAUAUCCGCAACUUUGUGGUCAGCACCUGGCACAGGUUAAGAAAAGGCUGCGGCGCAGGUUGUAACAGCGGAGGGAAUAUCGAAGAUUCUGAUGCCGGCGGGAUGUCCUGCGGUAGCGGCAAUGGGACAACGGGUGACUCGCAGCAGAGUUCCAUGUCACAGGGUGGAAAUUCCGGACCCGGCGGCCCUCACUCAUACCAGCCGCACGCUCUGGGCUCCAGCCAGAGUUCCCAGUCUGUCCAGUCCAGCCUGGUGCGCCACUCCCCGGCCCGGGCUUCCAUGGCCAGCCAGUCUUCGUCGUACCGCUACGGGGGCGGUAGCCGCCACUCGUCACUGCGCACUUCAGCCACGGGCCUGGAAACAUGCCGGCGCUCCUCCACCAGCCAGCUGUCCCUGCGCACGCUGCCCACCUCGCUGCAGUUGCGGCUGGGCUCAUCCUCGGACCCGUCUGGCCCGUCGGUGUCACUCUCGAGCCACAGCAUCCCACCGUGCAAGCGCCACACACUGGUGGGGCUCCUGGGAAACGAUGGCCUAUGCGGCGUGGUCAUGGACCCCCUUGGCCAGCAUCACCACCACCAUCAGCAGCAUCUUCAUCAUCACUACCCACACCACCACCAUCACCACCCACAGCAGCAUAACCCCGUCAUCUCCACUGUGCGCAGGGACGACAUCUCCUACAGAGUUCAGAUUAUGGACACGAGUCAGGUGCUGGAGAACAUCAACGUAUCGAAGCGGAAGGAACUGCAGUGGCCUGACGAGACAGUGAGGUUGCGUGCCGGGCGGACCUGCUGGAGGGAUUGGAGCCCCCUAGAGGGCAUGGAAGGACAUGUGAUUCACCGGUGGGUGCCUUGUAGCCGCGAGCCGGCCAAUCGGUCCCACGUGGACAAGACCAUCCUGCUGGUACAGGUGGACGACAAACUGGUGCCCAUCAUUGAGACGGGAGUCAUUGAACUGGGUGCCGAGGUGUAACUGGGGGCGACCAAAUAGCAAGCACACCUUGAAAUUCAUUUGAAUGAUCACGUGUCAUUGCCAUUGACUGCGAUAGACGUCCCAUCUAUUUGGACCGUGAGGGUCCUGCCGGUCAAAAAUAGAUCGGACGGCAGUGACUUUAAUGCCUUGCUUUUAUCAUCUGGGGGGCGGGGUUUGAAAAUGCUGCAUGACAGUCAUAGCUCAUUGAUUUCUAUGCAUUUUUAUUUUGUGUUGUUUUGUUUUGAAUAAUUUGCCAAAAAUAUGCCUGGUUAUUUCAUUUCAGCGACAUCACCUAGCCCCGUUGCCAUGACAACAUAGGACGUCUCAUUUGUAGUCAUUCCACUCGGUUUGAAAAUAUUGACUUGCACUAUAAUUUUAUUUACAAUCGCGUAUAUAUACAUAUUAAUAUAUAUGUAUUUUGUGCAUAUACAUAAUCGCUCUAUUUAUUACGACAGACGCUGAAUGGCCGUGAUAUCGAUGCCUUGGAAUGACGAUUAAAAUGCAAUCACCCUUUUUUCUUUUACCGACUUGAAAAGAACUUUUUACUGUAUAUCCGUAUAUAUAUUUACACAAAUAUAUGUAUAUAGAUAUUAAAAACUGUUGAGCGUAUAAAAUAUUUAUUACUGUGAACAUGGUAUUUACACGUUCUACUUUUUGAGAUAAAAAAAGGUUUAAUGUAUUGAGGACCAUGAGGUUGAAAACAAAACGCAGGUUUUUUUCUGAUGGAUUGUUUAACUAUUUAACUUAAUUGCUUUUCUAUAUUGAGAAAUAAAAGUUUGAUUUAUUUCAGAAGAGUUUUUGUGAAGUUUGUUGGAACAGAGAGUUCAAUAAAGUUGGCCCAGCUGUUGAAAGGAGGAUCAAGACUCAAAAAUAGUAAGAUUUGUAAGUAAAAAUCUCACGUUUGGUAAAAAAUGAAAAAUUUACAAGUUUGUCUCUAUGAUACACAGGGGUUGGAGAAAAUAAUGGAAACACCUAACAUUUUGGCAUAAUAAUAAUUGAACAUAAUUGUAAAGAAUGGCAUGAGGAACAACUCUAAGGAAGUUGAGCAUCUCGUAUGGCUGGCACAAUCCCCAGACCUCAACAUUAUUGAGCAUUUUGGGUCAGUUGUACAGAUUCAAUUAAGACGUCGGUUUCCACCACCAUCGUCUCUAAAAGAGAAGGUAUUCUAACUGAAGAAUGGCUUAAAAUUUCUUUGGAAACAAUUGACAAGUUGUAUGAAUCAAUACCUCGGAGAAUUCAGGCUGUAAUUGCCAAAAAAGGGGGACCUGCACUACACAAUGUUAAAUUAGUUUUUGUUGAUUUUUUUUUUAUGGUGUUUCCAUUAUUUUUGUCCAACCCCUGUCCAACGGA